CGCUGCAGCCAUGUCGGAUCUGGACUCCGAGGAUGCCGGCGAGUCCGGGGAGGCCGUGGGAGACAUCGGGGAGUACGAAGGCGAUCGCAAUUCCGAAGGGCAGCGGCAUGGAUUUGGGAAGGCACGGCUGCCCAAUGGUGACACCUACGAAGGGCAAUACGAGUACGGUUUGAGGAGUGGACAUGGGACCUACAGGUUUAAAAACGGUGCUCUCUACACCGGGAACUACCUUCAAAACGAAAAGCACGGCAAAGGUGUAUUUUUUUAUCCAGAUGGAUCAAAAUAUGCAGGAGACUGGGUGCAUGACCAGAAACAGGGCUAUGGAGAAUAUCUGUAUGCAAAUGGAGACACCUACACUGGAGAAUGGGCUAACAAUAAGAGGCAUGGGCAAGGCACAUAUGUCUAUAAAGACACAGGAUCUAAGUAUGUUGGUUGUUGGGUAAAUGGAAUCCAGGAUGGACCAGCUGAACUUAUCCACCUAAACCACAGAUUUAAGGGCAGGUUUCUCAAUGGAAAGCCUUUAGGUCACGGAAAAUUCAUCUUUGAUAUUGGAUGUGAGCAGCAUGGUGAAUACAUACAACCAGUGCAGGAAAAAGAUGAGGAGGAAGAAGAGGAGGAACCACAAUUACCUCUGGAACCAAUAUGGAAAGUGUCAGAAAUUACCAAAAUAACACCCUGGUCUCCCCAUGAUGAGGAGCUGCUACGCCCCAGAGAAAUAGCAGAGGCAGCAG